AACACACUCAUACGCUGCGGCGCUGCAUUGCCCGGGCUGUGGGCACAGACAGCGGGCACCAGAGCUGACCUCCCCCUGCCCAUGAAGAGGCCCCGGCUGGAUGAUGGCGCCGUCGGGCCCUAGCAGCAUGAAGAGAAGGUGCAGGAGGUGUCUGUACUGGAUCCCGGUGCUCUUCAUCUCCAUCAUCGUGUGCUGGUCCUACUACGCCUAUGUCAUCCAGCUGUGUAUAGUGUCCAUGGAUAAUAUUGGAGAGAAAGUUCUCUGCCUGAUAGCGUAUCACUUCUUUGUUCUCCUGUUUGUUUGGUCUUACUGGAAGACUAUCUUCACAUUACCAAUGAAUCCAACUAAAGAGUUUCAUCUGUCCUAUGCUGAUAAAGAGCUUAUAGAGAGAGAACCGAGAGGAGAAUCCCAACAAGAUGUCCUUAGAAGACUAGCCAAGGACCUUCCAGUCUAUACCAGGACUAUGUCAGGAGCUAUCAGAUACUGUGACAGAUGCCAGCUUGUGAAGCCUGACCGCUGUCAUCACUGUUCCGUCUGUGAUAAGUGUAUUCUGAAAAUGGAUCACCAUUGUCCUUGGGUAAACAACUGUGUUGGAUUCUCCAAUUACAAGUUCUUUUUGCUCUUCUUGGCCUAUUCAUUACUGUAUUGCCUCUUUAUUGUUGCCACAGACUUGCAGUAUUUCAUCAAAUUUUGGACUAAUGGGCUCCCUGACACACAAGCCAAGUUCCACAUUAUGUUUUUGUUUUUUGCUGCCGCCAUGUUCUCCGUUAGUCUCUCCUCCUUGUUUGGUUAUCAUUGCUGGCUAGUCUGUAAAAAUCGCUCAACACUGGAGGCUUUCAGAUCACCAGUUUUCAGGCAUGGCACUGACAAAAAUGGCUUUAGUCUUGGAUUUAGUAAAAAUCUCCGACAAGUGUUUGGGGAUGAGAAGAAAUACUGGCUGCUGCCUAUAUUUACAAGCUUAGGGGAUGGCUGUUCCUUUCCUACGUGUCUUGUAAACCAGGAUCCUGAGCAAGCAUCUACACCUUCUGGAACCAAUGCAGCAGCUAAAAGUGCUGACAGUCAUCAGUUCCCGGCCAAACCUCUCCGUGAGUCUCAGAGUCACCUGCUUACUGACUCCCAGUCUUGGACCGAGAGCAGCUGCAAUGAAGAAAAGGGGAAACUUGGUAUGAGUAACCCAGCAUUAACCAUUGAGAAGGAGACCUAGCUCUGUGGAAGUGUUGCAGAGAGUUGCGAAGCUUGCAGACCAUGGGCAGAUGUUCAUGUGAGGAAGAAGUCAUGCACUCAUUGGCUAGCUUUACAUCUGUUUCCAGAGACGAAGCACCUGAUUGGCUCUCUCCAUUACCGCUAAAAACCAUGCAGAAAGACUUUUCCUCCCCUGCGGUAAACUGCAAACAGCAGGAAAUGUGCAGGAAGUAAUGGAAGGAAGAGGAAUCCUUUGUAGUAAACUUUCGGCAGUCCUGUGUUGUAUGCGAUGUAAGGUUGUAUUUUACCGUGUGUAUGAUAUUAUAGCACAAACAAGCAUUAUCGUCUUUCCUCUUCCGAGAAGGAACAUUCUUAUAUAUUUCUCGAAUGUGAAGCACUUUUUGAAAAGAAUGAUGGCAGCAUAUUUUCUAUGUAAAGGAAACCGUAUUUAUCUAUAUAAUGAGGCCAAUGAAAUGUUAUUGAUGAUCUCAUUAAAUAACAUCAA